AUGAGCGCUCCGGGGUCCGCGUGCUCCGUGCGCGAGCCGGUAGCGGCCCCGCCGCCCGCGCCGUCCCUGCUCCGCCACGUGCAGCUGGAGAACCUGGCGGCGGGGCUCAGCGGCGGCGUCCUCUCCACCCUCGUGCUGCACCCCCUGGACCUCGUUAAGAUCCGCUUCGCAGUAAAUGAUGGAUUGGAGCUGAGGCCAAAAUACAAUGGGAUUCUGCACUGUAUGACCACUGUCUGGAAGCAUGAAGGACUACGAGGCUUAUAUCAAGGGGUAACGCCAAACAUGUUGGGAGCAGGGGCUUCCUGGGGACUUUACUUUUUCUUUUACAAUGCCAUCAAAGCUUACAAGAAGGAAGGGAAGCUGGAAAGUCUUAGUGCAACUGAACACCUAGUGUCAGCUGCAGAGGCUGGAGCCAUGACUCUCUGCAUUACCAACCCAAUAUGGGUAACAAAGACGCGACUCGUGCUACAAUAUAAUGCUGGUGUCGACCCAUCAAAACGACAAUACAGAGGAAUGUUUGAUGCUCUUAUAAAGAUAUACAAGGUGGAAGGUGUACGUGGCUUAUACAAGGGAUUUGUGCCUGGUCUGUUUGGAACUUCACAUGGAGCACUUCAGUUCAUGGCAUAUGAGGAUUUGAAACUGAGAUACAACAAGUACAGAAACAGAGUGUCAGACACAAAAUUGAACACUGUGGAGUACAUAAUGAUGGCAGCUGUAUCCAAAAUUUUUGCUGUGUCAGCAACAUAUCCCUAUCAGGUUGUGCGAGCUCGUCUUCAAGAUCAACAUAAUACGUAUUCUGGUGUGUUUGACGUGAUCCGCAGGACAUGGAGGAAAGAAGGAAUUCAUGGAUUUUACAAAGGAAUUAUCCCCAAUGUGAUCAGAGUGACUCCUGCCUGCUGCAUUACCUUUGUUGUUUAUGAAAAUGUGUCUGGUUUUUUACUUGGUUUUAGGAAAGAAAGUAGUUAAAGGUCUUAACUGUUGGUCAGAUUCCACUCCUACAGAGGUGGAUAACUUCAUAUAAAAGCAACUCUGGGGUCUGGCAGAACUUUCUUAAAUCUUUAUCUGAGUUUCAUGAAGAAACAAGCAAGGUCUUCUGAAUCCACCUCUGUGUUUUGUCAGAUUUUAGGAUAUAGAGUGCUCCAGAUUCCAUUGCUCAUCCAACACGAAAAACACUGCCUUGGUGGGGUGCAGUUUGGAAACUCAGAAUUGUUUUGUAAAACAGCUGUCCAUUCUUGGGUUUGAAUAACUGCCAGUCUGAUGAACCCAGUUCUGGUCUCAUACCAGACAGACUUGCAUUGUGGUUUUUGGCUUGCUUUUAGCACCAGACCAAAGUAUAUGUUGUGUGCAUCGCUGGCCACUUACUGAAUUCAUUUUCUCUCUUGUCCCUGCCUGCCCUCUCUCUCAACCCCACCCUGCGACAUUCUGUCUGUUACUGAUACAUCUGACCAAAUAUUAGUAAGUAAAGGUGUAUUUGAAUGUAGGUUUACGUUUCAAACAGUUUUGUUUUCUAGUAAUCCCAUAGUGAUGCAGUUUUCAAACCAGUGUUGCAACAAACAUGAACAUGCUUAUUUUCAAUAAUAUUUUCUGGGAAAAGGAAAUACUCUUAAGUGGUAAAAAAAAUACUGUGCACAGGACUUAAAAAAUGAUCAUUAAUGUCUUCUGAUUUAGUCUAAGGAAAAGGACUGUAAGGAUAUAUUGAUUGCUAAUUUAACGAUAAACUAAAUUACAAUACAUCUCAGUAAAUUUGUAUAAUAAUGAUAUUUAUUGGUAUGCCAAUAAUUGCUGUCAACUAUAUGAAUUUUUUUGAGAUUUGGGUUUGUUUUAUUUUUUAGUUCUUCUUUAAGAAGAUGCAUUACUGGCCAUUACUAACAACUGCCUCUGCUGUUAGUAGGAAGUUAUUAAGAAGUAUGUAGAAAGCAUCACUUAACUAAGGAGGAAGUAAGUUAGCAAAAAUCAUUCCAUGGGGUGGGGGAAAUAAUCAGUUUCAUAAGGAGUGAAGGAUACUAUCUCGCAAAACACCUGAAUACAGAGAAGUUCCCUGUUUAACAGAAAGCUGGCCUAAAGUAGAAACAAGCAUUUUCAUAAAAAAA